UAUGGUUCGUUCCAGAAAUCUCCCAUAAUGCACCGCCAGUAUGCUCCGGUAGUACCCGGUAGUUCGGUACACGUUCUUAUUUACCUCAUGCGAUUCACGCGUAACGUUAAAGAUGGAGCAGCCAAACACGGAAUCUAACACAAACGUUAUGAAUGGCGAGGAGGAACAUUUGAAUACCUUCCUGUCUUUGCACUCCGCUGCAUUACAGUCCUCAAGAAUCCCUUCGCUGUAUUGGAAGAGCUUGUACUACAAACUUAUCAACGAGGUGUACGAUGCAGGAGAAGUGUUUGGCGUCAUGCAGGUAGAACAGGACGAUGAUGAGGAAGAGGGAAAGAAGGCUUAUCCUGGUGUAGAGAUUAGGUCGAAAGUGGUUGUGACCAGGGGGACUGGCAUGCAAGCCUCGGACCCCACCAGUAUCUUCCUGGUUGACCAUGCAUGGACGUACCGUGUGGAGAGCUCUAGGCAGCAGCUGGAGCAGAUCCCCGGACUCCUACCCAGGAUGGCUUCCCUCAUGGGGGUGGACUUCCACGGAGAGGCCCCUGACCCAGACGUUGUGGAGCUGGUGCUGGAACAAAUGUGGAAGUACAACCAGACCUACCAGUUGGCCCAGGGGUCAGCAGAGGAAAAAGUGCCCGUCUGGUACAUCAUGGAUGAGUUUGGCUCCCAGGUGCAGCACUCUGACCAGCCUAGCUGUUGCAUGGCCCCCUUCUUCUACACACAGGGCCAGCUGGCCUACACUGUGCUCUGGCCUCUCGCAGACCUGCAGGAGGGAGAGGAAGUGACACGGGACUAUGCUUAUGGCGAGAGCAACCCUCUGGUGAGGAGAUGUCGACUGUUGCCAUGGGUACCCGCUGACUUGGAAGGGGUCAGCACUCUGACCCCUGAACCCUCUGAUAUCUACUAUGAGACCAUUUCACAGGAGAACAAGGAGAUUCUUCCUCUGGACAUUCAGCCCCAUACUGUCCCCAAAGACAAAGUGCUCAAGGUGUUCACAGAGAUGGGACAAGUUCUAAACAAUCUCCAUCACCCCCGGUUCACCUUCACCGAGACUGAAGAGGAGGCGGAUAUUCUUUGGACCUUCUCCCACAUCAGAGACUACAGGAAGUUAAGCGAGGAGCGUCCUCACGUUAUGAUGAAUCAGUUUCCCUGUGAGACGGUGGUUACAGUGAAGGACUGUGUCUCCGCCGUGUCGCGGAGGGCCCGGGGAGGCCAGGGGGCUGAGUGGCUGCCAGAGACAUUCAACCUGCAGACCGAGCUGCCUCAGUUUGUCAGACAUUACCAACAAAGACAAGGGAGGGGAGAAGACAAUCAUUGGAUCUGUAAGCCUUGGAACCUGGCUCGGGGGCUGGACACACACAUCACCAACAACCUAGACUACAUCAUCAGACAGAGAGAGAGCACACCCAAGGUGGUGUGUAAGUACCUGGAGGAUCCGGUGCUGUUUGAGAGGGAGGAGGUGGGGAUGGUGAAGUUUGAUAUCCGCUACAUGCUGCUGCUGCGCUCCGUUCAGCCUCUACGCCUCUACUCCUACAACGUGUUCUGGCUGCGCUUCGCCAACAGGUUGCUACCGCAAAGGCUGUCACCAGGAGCACUUGGUAUGGCCCUCCCAACGGGCUGCUUCCCAUCUAUUCUCCUCAGGGACUGGGUUGAGUGAAUCACCUUCUCCUUUAUUUCACCUGUAAUGCAUAAAAUCUUGGACAUACAGGUUUGGUUAACAGUUUCUCAUUUGUUCUCUCUGAUUUAUAUCUUUAACCUCUAUGCCUAUUUGUUAGCUAGAAUGUUUUUUUUUACAGUUGUAUUAUUUUAUUAUCCAAUAGGCCCUAUCCUAGACCACAAUUUACCCAUCCCCCUUUUGAUAUCUGGUUCUGCCCAGGUAACAACCUUACCUACUCUAAAUAAUGACUUAGGUAAGAUUAGUAUAUUAUCCUUCUGUUCUGAAAUUAUCAUGUCGGAGCGCCCCUUUCAUUCUCCACAUAUCCAAUUCUCCCUUUUGUCUCCACUCAGUAACUGUCAUCUUUGCUCGUCCUGGCGCCUCUUCUAAAACUUCUCCUCUCUGCUCUCCAACCUUCAAGGUCUCUGCAGUGCGGGGGAGGGCUCUUCUGUAUACCUUUUCCCCCUAUCUGUCUGUAGCUCUUUUUCUCAUGUUUCCAAACUUGAACUAAAUGUCUCACUGUUUGGCUUUAUCUAAACUCAUGGAUUUUGUUUUGAAAAACAUGUCUAUGGUGGCAAUUUCUAAAGUCCUUAUAUAGGUUAAUUAAACUCUACUAUAAUUAAUUUGCCUUAAAAAAACACACAAAAAAACAGUAUUACCCAUGACCACAAAUUAAUUAUUCAAAUGGCACCCCCUUGUGGCUGAUCUGACCACCCGGGAGAGCCAUGAAAGCAGGUCAAAGCUUACACCAUCCCCUUACAUUCGUGUACCAUACCAUAUUAGACAUAUUAAAGAACCCUUUAUCUUUAAAAAAAAAAAUCACUUGUGUAAUUAAAACUCAGAAAAUAAAACUCCUAAUAUUCCAUAUGUGAGUGUACCCCUUUAAGAUAUCUUGUCUCUGGGAACAGGGAAAUCCCCUUAACCCAAACGUUUACUACAAAAACAAAACCUAAUAAUUACGAUAAUCCCCGAUAAUUCGUCUUGAUGUUUCAUGUCUUACAAUCGUGUUUCUCCAAAUUGUCUCCCCAAAAUACUUCUUAAAUACCCUGCCAUUAGACACACACACACAACUGUGAUAAACGUACACUGUCCCUUUAACAUAAAAUAAAAUCAGCCUGCAAUCCAUUCUGCGGGCCUUUCAUUGUUCCCCAUAAUGAAAACAGAUUCUAAUGUUAGUAUACCUUAACACCAUAGAAAUUAAACAGGAGGUUAUCUGAACAAUCAAACCAAAAUCAAUAACCGGGAAGUACUUGUGUAAAUUACUUAAAAUGACAAAAUAAAUCGACCUUAUUUCUCAGCACUUGGUUAGAACACCCCUCCCGUCUUACGUCGACCACACCCGUCUCCCGUACCAAGUGUAUAUCUUAUCUAUUACUCAGUGGCUCAAUUAAUGUUUAACGUAAGUAUGUUCAGAUGUUGAUUAUGUAAUUCUACAAUAUUAGUAUAGUUCAAACCUCACAAUAUAAAUCUACACACAGAAUUUUACGUUAAUAGAGUAACACUUUUUCCAACAGUCAUGCACACCCCCUCAAUAUUCAAUGAUAUAACUCUGUGCAAACAUCUCAUCAGCAAGCCCGUGACUUUUUCAACAUUCUCACCGGUACCAGCUCCAACUGAAAUACCUAAUGUACCACACUCGCUUGGUACCCGACCUCAUUCAUACCGAUAUUAGUCCCCGACUGAAUAUCAAGUGUAUUUCAUGCACACGAUUUGAGUCUCACAAAUCUUCAUUCACGCCAGUAAGCUUCAAUUUACACCAUACACACACAAAUCUUUAUUCACCCCAGCAAGCAGACCAGUGGGAGACGCAAUGGCCCCGCCUUCUAUCCAUUCUCUGCACAGCUUCUCACCCCGUCUCUUCCACUCCGUACUUUCUUUACCUCCAUUCACUUCUAAAGUGGACUUCAGCGUUUUCAACACCUUUUCUAUUUCUAACGACAUUUUAUGUACACAACAAUACGGUCAACAACCUAUGCCUUUACUCAGUCCCAAGUGGUACCCUUUCCAUACGGCAAAAAUCGGCCCCCAAUUAGGUCUAAAGUAAGAACAAUUAUGCACUGUGGGUCCCCUAGGGUAUUAAGUAGUCUAGUGUCCCCCGGAUUAUCACCUUUACUUCAAUACCAAAUGUACAAAAUAAAAAAUACAAUCACCCCAUAUGACUAACGUGUCGACCGGAUCACGUUUCUAGAACAACUUAAUGUCUCAUUCAAACUUGGUAGUCAGUGCACUGACUUUAAUAUCCGAUGUACUUCACACACACCUAUGCUUUGUUAGGACCUUAGAGAGACCCUCUCCAUAGGGCUAAAUCGGUCUCAAGUCCAAUUAGUCAAUUUAAUUAUCCGUCAUUCACACUUGGCCCUGCCUAGUACAUCACAUUGGCAUCAUAUGGCUUUCCAUUCGCACUUUGGUGGUCACUCGUUACCCACCACUCGUACAUGUAGUCACAGACUAUCCAGUCACACUUUUAUAAUCAACUAGAAUGAAUCAUACAUGUAGUCCCAGACUAUCCAUUCACACUUUGGUGGUCACUCGUUACCCACCACUCAUACAUGUAGUCCCAGACUAUCCAGUCACACUUUGGUGGUCACUCGUUACCCACCACUCAUACAUGUAGUCCCAGACUAUCCAGUCACACUUUGGUGGUCACUCGUUACCCACCACUCAUACAUGUAGUCCCAGACUAUCCAGUCACACUUUUUUCCAAUCUCACACAUCAUAAUAGUUUAAAUUUAGUAACAGGUGUCUCUCAAAACUAAAUGUGGAUAACUCCAAUGUGCAGAACUUUAGUUUUUCACAACAGGUGUCUGCUUACCUUUUUUUAGUU